GAGCAACAAGGGCGCGAUGGGCAACUGCGUCACCACCAUGGUGCACAACAACUACUCCACCGCCGAGAAGGGCCCCGCACCAAAAAGCUCCAACCAGGCACCCAGCUCCCUCAACAACGUUGUCAAAGCCACCGCCAACGAGGACGGCGAAAGCAGCAGCUUCGUGAAAUCGCAGAAGAAUUUCUCCAGCAACAACUUCAUGACCCGCAACAACAACAGCAGCCUGCCCCGGAGGAAGGAGGUGACCGAGGAGGAGGCAGAGAGGUUCGUCCAGCGCCUGAACUCGGAAAGGCAGCAGCAGCAGAUGGAGGAAGGGAACAUCCUGGAUUUGCAGGAGAGGAAGGAUGAGGAACGCCGGAAGAUCCGUGAGGAGAAGGCGCGCCUGGCCCGCCGCGCUGCCAUCCAGGAACUGCACCAGAAAAGGGCCCAAAAGGCUUUGGACGCAAAGCGCUCGGCAGAAGAAGAGUUGGCGCUGGUGAAGGAGAGCAGAAGGGUAGCGAAGAAGAAGCCUGCCAAACCUGCCGCCGCGAGGAACCUCCGGCCGGCCGGCGGCGUGGCCACAGCCCACAAUGCAGAGGCCAAUUUCCACUCGGCAGCUGCGGAGCCAGAAGAAAGCAGCCUCGCAGACCUCGGCUCCGUGCCCUGGCGGGACCCUGGGGCAGAGGACAAGCUGCAGGAUGUGAGCUCCAGAGAGCCGGGUAGUGAGGACCUGGAGAUGGUGGUGCCGGCUGGCAGCAGGGUGCAGUCCAAGGUCACGCUCAAUGAGCUGCUGGACACGCUCAGGCUGCUGGAGGAAGAACCAGAGCUGCUGCCCCCCCCGAAGCUCUUCAAGAAGGACAGAUACGCCUGGAUAGACGGGCAGGAGCCCAGCUCCAAUUCCCUGACUGCUGAUAACCUGGAGAAGUUUGGGAAGCUAAACCACUCCCCGGGGGUCCCCGAGGAAGGGGCCCUGCUCUCGGAAGCCAAGCUCCAAAGCAUCAUCAGCUUCCUGGAUGAGAUGGAGAAGUCGGAACAGGAGAGGCCCAGGUCGGCCGCCUCGGCCACGCAGCGGGAGGGUCUGCUCUCGGAAGAGGAGCUGGCUCACUUGGAGCAGGCGUCGGCUGUUGCCACGGAGGUCACAAGCUCCAUCAUGAGGCUGAAGCUGGAAGUGGAGGAGAAGAAGCGAGCCAUCGGCCUGCUGCAGACAGCCCUGGCUCAGCAGCGGGAACUGACUGUCCGACACAUCAAACGGACAGAGAAGGAGCUCAGCCACCAGCUCAGGCUGCAGAGGGAACAGUACGAGGCAGCGAUCCAGAGGCACCUGGCCUUCAUCGACCAGCUCAUUGAUGAUAAGAAGGUGCUGAGUGAGAAGUGCGAGGCUGUGGUAGCCGAGCUGAAACAAGUGGACCAGAAGUACGGCAAGAAGAUCACCCAGAUGCAGGAGCAGCACGAGCUGGAGAUCAAGAAACUGAAGGAGCUGAUGAGCGCCACUGAGAAAAUCAGGCGGGAGAAGUGGAUCGAUGAGAAAACCAAAAAGAUCAAAGAAAUCACCGUGAAAGGGCUGGAGCCGGAGAUCCAGAAGCUCAUCGCCAAGCACAGGCAGGACAUCAGGAAGCUGAAGAUGCUGCACGAGGCCGAGCUGGUGCAGUCGGACGAGCGGGCCGCCCAGCGCUACGGCCGGCAGGCGGAGGAGCUGCGGGGCCUGCUGGAGCGGGAGAAGGAGGAGCAGAGCCAGCGGGAGAGG